CUCGCUUUAACCCUGCUGUCAAUGUUAUUCUACUCAAGUCCUGCUGAGUUGUCAGACACACUGAAGACUGUGAUCGCACUGUCAGACUAGGCUGAACGUUGAGCCCUCUUCCAGAUGGACUAAGAGGGAACCCAGAAGACGAGGACAGGAGAUGAAGCCUCGCUCGCGUAUUCUCUUGUGAAUGGAGCGGGGUGAGCAGUGAGGAUGCGUUGCCUUGCCUCCCGGGUCCACUACAAGACCCUGAUAGUGAUUUGUGCCCUGCUAAGCCUGGUUACGGUGGUGCUGUGGAACAGGUGCACCAAUGAGAAAGCGCUGCACUCGUUGCCUCGGCCUUUUUUGCCACCGACCAGCACCGGAUCCGCCAACCUGCAGCAGCAGGCUCAGCCUCCCGAGGCGCCGCCCGUGGUGGGAGGGGGCGUCAGAUACGAGGAGAUAGACUGUCUGAUCAACGAUGAUGUCACCGUCAAAGGCAGGCGUGAGGGCGCCGAGGUCUAUCUGCCCUUCAGCUGGGUGGAGAAAUACUUCGAGGUGUACGGCAAGGUGGUGCAGUACGACGGCUACGAUCGCUUCGAGUUCUCGCACAGCUACUCCAAAGUGUACGCUCAAAGGGAGCCUUACCGCCCCAAUGGAGUCUUCAUGUCCUUCGAGGGGUACAACGUGGAGGUCCGGGACCGAGUGAAGUGCAUUAGUGGUGUGGAAGGAGUUCCUCUGUCCACUCAGUGGGGUCCUCAGGGUUAUUUCUAUGCCAUUCAGAUUGCACAGUACGGUCUGAGUCACUACAGUAAGAAUCUCACCGAGCGAGCGCCCCACGUGGAGGUGUACGAUACGGCUGAGGACCGAGACAGCAGACCGACCGCAUGGAGCGUCCCCAAGGGUUGUACACUCACGACGAGCUACGACAAGACCCGCGCAUCGUCCAUCCGCCUCUUCAACGCUCCAGAGAACUCGGAGGGCGUCUCUCUUCCUCUCGGCAACACAAAAGACUUCAUCAUCUCCUUCGACCUGAAGUUCAGCUCCAACGGCAGCGUGUCCGUGGUGCUGGAAACGACCGAGAAGGGCCCUCCGUUUGUGAUUCACUACGUCACUACCACUCAGCUCAUCGCCUUCAAAGACCGCUCCAUCACUUACGGCAUCGGUCCGCGCUCGACCUGGACGACGGUCACUCGCGACCUCCUCACCGACCUGCGUAAAGGAAUCGGCCUGUCCAACACCAAAGCGGUCAAAGCCACCAAGACCAUGCCACGGCGUGCGGUCAAGCUGGUGCUGCACGGCCGCGGUGCCAUUGACAACAUCUCCAUCUCUACUACUGCACACAUGGCUGCCUUCUUCGCCGCCGGCGACUGGCUGGCGAAGAACCAGGACGAGAGAGGCGGCUGGCCGAUAAUGGUCACUCGCAAGCUCGGCGAGGGCUUUCGGCCCCUGGAGCCCGGCUGGUACUCUGCAAUGGCACAGGGUCAGGCCAUGUCCACACUAGUAAGGGCGUAUCUGCUGACGAAGGAUGAGAAGUACCUGAAAGCGGCACUGCGUGCUACCGGACCCUAUAAGGUGCCCUCAGAGAAGCACGGCGUAAAAGCCGUGUUUAUGAACAAAUACGACUGGUACGAGGAGUACCCCACGACGCCGGGUUCUUUCGUCCUCAACGGCUUCGUCUACUCUCUUCUCGGCCUCUACGAUCUGGCACAGACGGCGGGCGACGAGGACGGGAGCGAGGCAUCGCGGCUCUACGCCAAAGGCAUGGAAUCUCUCAAAGCCAUGGUGCCGCUCUACGACACCGGUUCAGGAACCAUUUACGAUCUGCGCCACUUCGUGUUAGGGACGGCACCCAACCUCGCCCGGUGGGAUUACCACACUACACACAUCAACCAGCUGCAGCUGCUGGCUUCUAUCGACGACUCGCCGAUCUUCAGAGACUUUGCCAAGCGAUGGAAAAGCUACCUGAAAGGAGGACGAGCCAAGCACAACUAGAGCUGAACGGGCUGUAAUGGACCGACGCCUGCUCAAAUAGCCCAGAUCCCCGUGGGAAGCCGAGUUAGCCCUCGGAGUGACGGCCGAGGGUAAAUCCCACGGCGAGCUAGCCAACCGCUGCCGCGGUUUCCAGCCGUGGUACGCGGUCGGUUUUUUAGGGUUUAGAACGAAUGUGCUUGAAGUACAAAUGCAUCUUUUGGUGCACCGUGUGCACGCGCGAUGGAAUGGUUCGCAUUCCAUCAAAGGGUUCGUUUAACUUUAUCUGCAGGGUUCACUGACAGCGGUCCAGUGACGUCAGUCGUGUUUGGAGUCAAUACAGUCAGGAUUCUUCCGAAAUUGCCUCCGUUCAUGGACGUCUAGGGAUAGUAAAGAGGUGCUGUUUAUAAGUAUCAUUAAAAAAAAAGUUAAACUUGAUAGGGGGAGCCAAAAUAUUUGUGUAUUUUAGUGCUGAUGGAUACAAGACUGGAGUUUUGAUUUUGCUGCAUGCUUUCAUUCAUUUGAAUUCUCAAAAAAAAAUCAAACACAAUAGAGAAUGGCAUUUUUGCCCCCACCCCUUUAAUAUUCAAAAUACGUCGUGAUGCAAAAACAAUAAUGCGUUAUUAGAACAAGUGCGGCAAGUAAAGUUACGGCGAGUAAAGUUUUGGCUCCAGCUCAGCUGAAAAGAAUCGACUAGGUAAAGGAAACUCCAAUCCACCUCACGUUGUGGUGUUCGCCUCCACCUAAUCUGCUAUAGUCUUAUAUGAAACACUUUGUUGACCAUUCUUUAUUGCUUUCAGAUCACAUCUGUCAUUAUUUUAUUUGGAUAAAACAAUAAAAGGAAUAAAACAGAUUUAGCAACUUUUUCACUUAAACGUUUAUACUUAAAAGAACAAUCAUUAAUAAAAAGCUACAAAAAUAAUGAAAUGUUGCGCAGAGUGAAAGUGGUCCUGUGCCAAUAGCCUAGUAGAUUAUAUUAUCUGGAGCAGAUCUUUAAAGCUGCAGGAUUGUUUUCUGGAAAUGGUAAAUUGCGAACGAGUGAAAUACAUAAAAAAUGUGAAAAGCGGUCUUUAUUACCCCAGCCCAACCCCGCCUUGUUCGGCAUGACCUACCGAUCAUGUGACUUCUUUUUAAAUAAAUAUAUUAAGCUGUGUGUGUAUACAGCAUCAAAGCACAACCACAAAGUUCUGUUAAUUUAUUUUCAUUCUCCUCUGUGUUCUCAUCCGAACCACCACGAUGUCCAUCACGUUUUCUUAGAGCUACUGUUCACUGUGCGUUUCUUACUUUUUGGGUUCUGCGGUGGUUUUCCAAAGUCGAGGUGGAAGAGAUAAAUCACACAAGAAGAAUCGAUAUAUGCAAUAAAAAGGUGAGAGGGCGUGAGCCCAGAGAGGCUGGACACAGUUUGCAAUGCAAGCACAAUGUGCAUAUGCUACCAUUUUUAUUCAGGAACAAAAAAAAGUUUAUAUAGAGUUCAUUACUUGUGCUUUAAAUUGCUUUUUGUGAAAUAAAGGCAUUUUGUAAAAA